AUGGACGACGUCUAUCUCGCGUUCUGCGAUCAGUUGCAGCAGGCGCAGUUGGGCCAGGUCGCGCUGCUCGACGAGGACGAUGGACUGCUGAUGCGCUGGGCACAGAUAUGCGAUGUCAUGUAAGUGCCACGGUGCACGGAUCAAUGUUUCAACACAUGUACUCAACAUCCGGUCUGUUUUCCCCAGGCUGCAACAACUCGAAUCACAGCAAGAAGCGUCGGGGACAGAGCAGGUCGACUCGUGGAUGCUCGAGCGCAACACAUGGCAGCUCGUACAGGCGCUCUAUGCGUGAGGCUCACCGUGCAGACUAUACAUUCCCAAGUACAUGCAUUGAUCUCGCCCGCACUUCUUAUCAUCAGUGAACGACUCGCGGAAACACCGGCUUCGUCAAGCGACGCCGCGUCGACCUCGGCCAACCCGUACACACCACCUUUGUCCGUCGCACAACACCUGAUAGAGCAUGACAAGCAACUCGUCGAACUCUCCGUACGUCUGACCGCAACAGGACGCCUCGCGAGCUCCAAAGCCGCUCCCGUUGCCGGGGCUCGCGAUGCCGUUGAACCACAGCUCAUUCCUCUCCCGCUAAACAGGCAAUCCGAGAUUGGUUACAUUCGAUUCCGACGACACUGAACCCAGCCGAGAUACGACGGGGUUACCUCCCCUGGACCAAGAACAAGAUCAAGCAGGCCAAACGAUCCGGUCAACCUCUGCCUCGCGGGAUCGUCCAACACCUCGACCCCGACGCCGUGCUGCGAGAGGCCAAGAAUGCACAGGGUGGUGCAGGGGGGAGACUGGAGUCGGACGAUGCGGUGAGUCCACGAGGUAGGACAAGAACAAUGAAACGUCCCGAAGCUGAUCUUUGUUCAACCGCGCGGUUGGCGAAAUCACAGGCUUACGAGAAGGCGCUUCUCCGAUCCUUGUUCGAGUACGUCCGAGCGGGUCAACUCGACUUGGCCAUUGACAUGUGUCAACAGUCGGACCAAUCGUGGCGAGCCGCAUCGCUUUCGGGUGGUAAGCUCGCGUCCGAUCGAGCACUCGCUUCGGGUGAUUCUGGCUUUGGCGAGGAUGAGGAUGCUAUGGACGAUGAGCUGCUGCAGGGCGGGAGCAAGAUCAGCGGUAACGUCAAUAGGAAGCUGUGGAAGAUGAUGUGUCGCAAGCUAGCCAGUUCGGUUAGUCGACCGAGGAGUCUCCCACAAGUGACUUGCCGAAACCUAAACCUUGCCACCCUUUGCGACGCAGCCUAAUCUCGACCCUUACGAACGCGCCCUGUACGGCGCUAUCUCGGGCGACACGGCCUCGGUUUUACCCGUCUGCAGCUCGUGGGAGGACAUCGUCUGGGUCCACGUCAAUUCACUCUUCGAAGCCCACGUAGAAUCCGGCCUGUGGCAGUCAAGCUCGGGACGGUACUGGUCCCACGGCAGCGUUCAACCGAUAGACAACUCAACGAACCGCGGUGCCAAAUCGACCAUCGACCCCGAAGACGUCUUGAUCGCUCCCGCCGCAAGGGGGAUACGGAGCGAGUUGGAAUCGAUCUUUGAUCGGUUGCUCAAACUAGAGCGUGGGGACGUCGCGCAGGCAAGCAAGAACCCUUAUCGCGUUUCGCAGACAUAUUUGAUCGUCGGCAAGAUUGGGGACCUGUUGACAACCUUUGUCGAGCGACUGGAAGUUGCGGCGCAGGACACGGAGCCAGAGUGAGCUUGGAGCAGUGGUUGCGAACGCGGCGCACCUCGUCCAAUUUAUGACUGACCAUCGCAUCCGUCGUUCACAGAGCACUGGCGCACCUGCUGCGAUUCUUUACGCAUCUCAUCCUCGUCUUGCGACUUCUGAAGCAACCCCUACCCACUCACGCUGCGAAUCGCAUCCUUGAGGCCUACAUCUCCGUCCUUGAAGCGAACGAUCAAUCCGAAUCCCUCAUUGCGUUCUACGCGUCCCAACUUGACUCGACGUCGGCGAUCGAGUCCUACGCCCACUUCCUUCUCACCUUUGGGCCCGACUCGGAUCGUCAAUCGCGCAAGCUCGCCUUGCUCAAAGCGAGCGAACACGGUCUCGACCUUGCCGCGAUCGCCUGCCGCACCGUCGAAUUGGUCCUCCAAGACGUCAGGGACGACAUAUUGCCCGAACUGAACGAGGAUCGUCGACUUGGGUCCUCGGAAGCGUUCGACGCAUACGCACGCAUCGACGCUCGUCAACUUGAGCUGAUUCGCAGUCUCGAAUGGUUGACCUUUGACCGUCGCACCUAUUCCGAAGCUUUGACGCAAGCGAACGCCUUGACGCGCUACUUCCUCUCAACGGACCUCCCCCACGCUGCUAGGGAACUGAUCUUCCAACUCCCCGCCGAUUUGUUACCUGUCGAGGCGGCUCAAGUGGUCGAGAAGGAGGGUGAAGAUCACGAUGCGCAAAUCAGGGAGUUUUUGGAUUACACGAGCUUGUUUGCUUGUUUGGAGAAGCAUACAAGGUGGGCCGAGGUGUGGAGUAGGAAGCCGAGAACAAAGUGAGUACUCCCGAGGUGUGCUCCGGUCGAACAAGCGGCAGCUGACUCGAGGGUCGACGAUCCCCUCACAGCGUACCGAAACUCGAGCAGAAUGCUUUCAAAGAUGGGAUCUCAGUAAGUGGACCUUUGUUUUUGAUGCAGUAUCCGUUGCUCGAUCUGACGCCCUCCUUCCACCCGUGCAGGCACUCAUCGAUGACUUUUACGACUCGACGGUUCUGCUGCUAAACUCGGACUGGCUCAAGCUCGACCUACCGCUCAACGAUGGGAACUUGGACAGUACGUCUCAUGAACACUCGAUUGAUGUUGUCUGUGAAAAAAUGCUGAUGUCCGAUUCACCGCGUACAGCCCCGAGACGACUCGCCGAACUCGCCCGGAUCCGACAACUCGUGAUCCCUCACCUCGUCUUGCGUCUGCACUUCACCCUCUACGACUCUCGAGAAAUCCUCCCAUCGUACGUCCUUGAUUCUUUGAUACUCUUCAGCGCCCCCUCACUAACCUUCUUUCAUCCUCGUCUCAAACGCAGCUCGCUGCAACGCUGCUUCGAGCUCGCCAACCUCGUAGCGGACGAACGAACGCAACUCUACCUCGAAUUCGUGGGCGAGCGAACGAACCUGAUUGGCGAUUACCUUGAUCAAGUCAGGUUGGCCAGCCUGGCGGCUUUGGAAGUGGGAAAGGAUAGGAGUGCGUUUUCGGUAGCAUAGAGAGACUGUUUUUGCGUUGCAUUGAAGAGACGCUUCGGAGGGAAGGGAGAUAUAUCUCCGGCCGAUGUCUGCUUGGAAACACGCGGUAUCCCCGAAGAGGUGGUACUGACCAACGUGGGCCCCCUUGAGGAAACUGGUAUACGUUUUUACUCUGGUUGGACUUGCAUCGCUAGGUGUGAUGAUCCAAUAAGAUUCUUGUAAAAUCAAGCGGCGACCGACCCCGGACUGCCCGAUCGUUCUCGCUCUCCCUCUCGACGCGCCUGCCCCACAUCGAACUCGGAUCGAUCGACACGAGUUUGUCCCUAGAAAGAGUAAGCGUCUCGUCUCAGAAGACCGUGAUGAAUUGAAAGAAUGCUUGUUGUGCUCGUGACUGACGUCCGACGUGUUUCGCAGUGCCGAACCCGAUCACUGUAGCGACUUGUUCGCUGAACCAGUGGGCGCUCGACUUUGACGGUCAGUCAUCGCUCAGCUCCAGUCGGCACUAGGCACUACGGCGCGAUCUUUGCGUUCUCGCAUCAAUUGCUGACGCGGAUCAAUACAGGCAACCUCGAACGCAUCCUGGAGAGUAUCCGGAUCGCCAAGCAACGCGGUGCCAAGCUCCGGAUUGGCCCUGAACUCGAGAUCACGUGCGUCUCAAGUCAUCGCGUGCCCCGCACGUCGCCGACCAUGACUCACUUACACACAUGUGCCCUUUUGACGUAGUGGGUAUGGAUGCCAGGAUCACUUUUUGGAAGGUCAGUGUGGUGAGACGGGCGCCCGCGCUCGUUCAACCAGCUCACCGAUGUUUUGAAUCUGGUCUACUUUACAGGCGAUACGGGCUGGCAUGCUUGGGAGGUUCUGCACAAGAUUCUUGAAGCCGAUGACUGUCAAGACAUGAUCAUCGAUGUUGGCAUGUGCGUCGUCCCCUGUUCGGACCGCUCCUGGACCUCGAACCUCAGCCCGCGUCGAUUGACACCUCUGGACGAUUUUUGCAGGCCCGUCUCACACAACAACGUCCUCUACAAUUGCCGGAUCAUCUUCUACAACCGAAAUAUCUUGCUCAUCCGACCCAAGAUGUGGCUCGCCAACGACGGCAACUACCGCGAGCCGAGGUGGUUCGCACCGUGGAUGAAGCCGAAGACGACCGAGGACUUUUGGCUGCCGUGGAUGAUAGCAAAGAUCACGGGUCAGGUGCGUGGUCCUUGACGUUCUGGACUCGUUCAAGAAUCAACACCGACUCAGACCCCCUGUCCUCGACUCACAGACGACCGCUCCGUUCGGAGACGCAGUCGUGGCGCUUCAAGAUACUUGCAUCGGAGUCGAAAUGUGCGAGGAGUUGUUCACACCGAAUGCGUAAGUUGGAUGGCCACACGAUCAUCGCCCGUCCGAGCUCAUUCAUCAUAAUUGAGCUCGUCUUGUUCGCGGGGCAGACCCCACAUCGGCAUGGGACUCGCUGGAGUUGAAAUUUUCACCAACUCGAGCGCCAGUCACCACGAACUGCGCAAGCUUUCGACCCGUAUCGACUUGAUCAAAGAAGCGACCCUCAAAGUAAGCCAUCCUCGCAACUCAUGCAACAUCAACACCACUGACGCUCAGAAAUCCCAUGAACAAGUCGGGAGGGCUGUACCUCUACGCGAAUCAACAAGGCUGCGACGGCGAUCGCCUCUACUACGACGGCUGUUCUUUCAUCGCCCUCAAUGGCAAAGUCGUUGCCCAAGGUUCGCAAUUCUCUCUCAAUGACGUCGAGGUCGUUACAGCAACCGUCGAUAUCCAAGAAGUGAGGCACCAUCGAAGCGGGAGUUCGAGGAGCGUGCAAGCUGCCGCGAGCGAAUCUUUCCCACUUAUCAGGUGUAUGAUGAGGCUCGCCUGUGAUGAUCUGAAUGAGGAGUUGACCGAUACCGAAUUGAUGGGUAAAGGCGAGUUCAAGUACCAUACGCCCGAGGAGGAGAUUGCGUGAGUCCAGCUUCCGCGACCGUGGUUAAAGUCACGCUCCAGCUGAUCCGUUCGCUGUCUCACCCCCCCCCCCCCCCCCCCCCCAUCCAACUAGUCUCGGCCCCGCAUGUUGGUUAUGGGACUACCUCCGUCGAUCGGGCACCCAGGGUUACUUUGUCCCUCUAAGCGGUGGCAUCGAUUCAUGCGCCACCGCCACCAUCGUCUACUCGAUGUGUCUUCUCGUGAUCAAAGAAUCCGCCCUCGGCAACGAACUCGUCAUCCAAGACGCGAGGAGGAUCGUCGGUGAGAAACCCGACUCGGAUUACGUCCCCGUCGACGCGAGGGAAUUUUGUGGUAGGAUCUUUCAUACGUGUUAUAUGGGGACGGAGAACUCGAGCAUCGAGACGAGGAAGAGGGCCAAGGAUCUGGCGGAGGCGAUUGGGAGGUGCGUGUCGAGAACGAGAUAGUCGAUUAGGAAGUGCAGGAAGUGAGAAGACUGAUUUCAAAAGAGGCUCAACAUGCACAGCUACCACGUCGAUCUCAACAUGGACACCGUCAUUACCUCUAUCCGGUCGUUGUUCCUCCUCGUGACGAACAAAAAACCCGAGUUCCGAGCUCACGGAGGCACGAACGGAGAGAAUCUGGCGUUGCAAAACAUCCAAGCGAGGUUGCGCAUGUUGUUGGCUUAUCUUUUUGCGCAACUGUUGCCGUGGGUUAGGGGUUCAACUGGUGGGUUACUUGUCUUGGGAAGCGCCAACGUUGAUGAGAGGUGAGUUAGGACCUUGCUGCUAAAAGGGUGUUUCAAAGCUGAGGAGAGAGUGCAUCGGCAAAUUUACAGCCUUCGAGGGUACUUGACCAAGUACGAUUGCUCGAGCGCGGACGUGAACCCGAUCGGCGCCAUCUCGAAAACGGACCUCAAGAAAUUCAUCGCUUACGCCGAAACGGCAUUCGAUCUGCCCAUUUUGGCCGAGUAAGUCACAGAGUCCACAGCCCAACGACGGAGGCUCCGUUUGCUACAACACACACACACACACACACACACACACACUGACACAAUGAUUUGGCCCGUUCACAGAUUCUUAAACGCGACGCCGACGGCCGAACUAGAACCCAUCACCGCGGACUACGUUCAAGCCGACGAAGCGGACAUGGGUAUGACUUACGACGAACUCUCCAUUUACGGUCGUCUGCGCAAGAUCGAGAAACUCGGUCCUUACGCCAUGUUCACCAAACUCAUUUCCCUCUGGGGUUACAAACUCAGUCCGCUCGAGAUCGCGGAGAAGGUCAAGUUGUUCUUCUUCGAGUACGCGCGCAAUCGUCACAAGAUGACGACGAUCACGCCGAGUUAUCAUGCCGAGGCGUAUACGUGCGAUGAUAACAGGGCCGAUUUGAGACCGUUCUUGUACCCUGCUCGAUGGCCUUGGCAGUUUAGGAAGAUUGACGAGACGGCGCAGAUCUUGCCGGAUAAGAGUCAGAGGAAGGCCAAGGUCGAGUGA